UUCAUUGGUUUGGUUCUCAUUCUGCAAGCUCAUGUAUGGGUGAGUAUGGAGUUUGGACUGUAAAACACUGGGUUUUCAUUAAGGGAGAACAUCAUUUUAUAAGGAGAUGCUAUUGACACCACUGGUUUGCCUUUUUCCUGCAGGUUUGCUGCAUCUUUUUUUCUUUGACUAUGUGUGAAAUGUGUGGGCAUCUGCAGGAAGUGAUAUCUUCAUUUCUUCUUUUUUUUUCUUUUUUUUUUUUCUCAGAUGAGUUUAUUAAUAGAUGGAACUUUCAACUGGUUCAUCAUUGUGCGUUUGAAAGCUUCACAUCUAUUCAGGGCCAAGGAUUAACCAAGUUCGUAAUUCUGCCUUUUAUCUGAUCAAGGAGUCUGUCUUUGAGACGAAACCAUGACAGAUGUUACAUAUUUUGUUAGCACCACAACGGAUUAUAGUUCUUACUAUAAUAGUGAGGAGGACGAUGCUGCUCCCUGUGAUUUGAUUGCGAUAAAGACCUUCAGCAAGCGGUGUUUGAUCACUCUCUACAGCUUGGUCUUCAUCUUGGGCUUUUUAGGUAAUGGCCUUGUGGUUUGCGUCCUGGUGAAACAUUGGAAGCAGAGCAACCUGACCGACAUAUGUCUCUUCAACCUGGCCUUCUCUGACCUCGUCUUCGUGAUCACACUCCCGUUUUACUCGCACUUGUCAAUGAUGGGCUACUGGACCUUUGGAAACUUUAUGUGCCAUGUCCUGUCAGGCUUUCACCGUACGGGCUUCUUCAGCAGCAUCUUCUUCAUGGUUAUCAUGACGCUUGACCGCUACAUCGUUAUCGUGCACGGUCAUCGUAAAGUGACACGAUAUCGCACAAUAAGGCUGACCAUCGCUCUGACCUUCAUUUCCUGGAUUUUGAGCCUGUGUGUUUCUCUGCCGUCUUUCAUCUUUACAAAGGUCUCAAAUGAGUCAGGAAAUCAGGAAGAAUGCACGUUCCUCCCCGAAAAUAAAGAUUGGGUCCGUUAUGACUUGUUUGCGACAAACGUACUAGGUCUCAUUCUUCCCUUGUUGGUGAUGGUAGUUUGCUACUCUCGGAUCAUCCCCGUACUUAUGAAGAUGAAGACUGCAAAGAGGCAUCGCGUUGUAAAGCUGAUCCUCUCUAUAGUGGCAGUCUUCUUCUUGUUCUGGGCUCCAUACAACAUUUCCCUUUUCUUGAAUUAUUUGCAUUCAGAAAAUGUUGUUUCUGUUGAUUGUGAAGGGGACAAAAGCCUGAGAGGGUCCAUAAUAGUGACAGAGGCCCUAGCUUAUACUCACAGCUGUCUGAACCCCAUUAUAUAUGCUUUUGUGGGACAGAAAUUUAUGAGACGGGCUCUGCAAAUGCUGAAGAAGUGGCUGCCGAUCUCCACCAGAGAUCUGUCAGAUGGUUCGUCCAGGAGGAGCUCAGUUCAGUCCAGGUCUUCUGGGAUGUCUUUCGUGAUGUAGGUGAAUUAUUUCCUUAGUUUGUGCUGGCAGUUAGCAACCAGUCUUUGAAUAUAUCUGUACAUAUUUGAACAUUGUUUAAAAUUAGUCUCCAUUGUCUUUUUAACAAUGAAUGUAGAAACGUUCAAUACAAGUAUACGCCAUUUACUGCGUUUCCUUUCUGAUCGGAUGACAAUGAAGGAGACUUUGACAUGCAAACAAAAACUAAUGAGAACAACUGACGAUGCCCACAGAGGAUGAGUUAUGUUUGUAACUUCACACCUUUCUAUUUAAACUUUAACUUCAACUUGGUCAGUCAAAACAAGAAAAAAUAGAUAUUAAGAACUAUGUCUGGCAUAUGGUGGUGUGUUGGUUAGUAUGUUGAUCUCACCGAGUCCUUUCUGUUUGGAGUUUGCAUGUUCUACCCAUACAUACGGGGAUCGGGGGGGUUUCUGGACACCCCAACUUCAUUCCACAGUCCAAGAACACGCUUCAUAGGUUCACAUCACUGUGAGUGAGAAUUAAUGUAAAAAACCCAGUAAAAAUAAAUCUACAUCAACAGAUGUGCGUAUUGUGUACAUAGCAACUGGUUUUUGCAAAAAAAAAAGGUUUUCUCUUAUUCAUCAUUCUAUUGUGGUUGUUAUAUUUCACUCAUUUAAUGCAAUAUUUGCUUAUGACUGGGGAGUACACAAAGUGCAGCUUCACUUUGAGCAUGGAACUACUUUUUCUUACCAAAAUCUUGUAUGAUCAUCAGAGAUGCACAAACUCCAAAGAAAACUAUGUUGGAUUCAUUUACUUGCUUGUUCUUAAUUU